AUUUUUAUAACAUUUCGUUUCCUGUUUUUGUCAUUUUCGCAGUAUUUAAGCACACUGAAGUGAAUAUCUAGAGAAUCUUGGAAGAACAAAACAGCGUCACGGUCAUACUGCAACCAACAUAGGUCUUAGACCAGAAAAUGAACUCUUCAACCGCACAGUUUGAAUCUAACGGGACUUCUUCUAGCUUUAGCCUUGAUUAUGGGCGCCUAGCUUUAAUGUUAGGCGAUUUUUCCGUGGCGUUUACAGCUAGUGUCGCCAACUCUCUCUUGCUGGUGAUAAUCUACAAAAAUCCUCAUCGGAACUUGCGUUCGCCAAGCACUAAUCUGGUGAUAAAUAUGGCUGUGGCAGAUUUCCUGACUGGAUUUCUGUCGGGCUUCCUAGUAACAGCAUACGACGGGCUUCUGUUUAUGGGUAGGACGGCAAAAUCGCUUGAGAGAUAUCUUUUGGUGAACAUCGUUAUCGCUGUCACCAGUAUAAUGGUAGGCUGUUGUAAUGUUGUAGCCAUGGCGUGUGAUCGAUGGCUGGCUGUCACUGCAGCGUUGAACUACCGCAGAAUUGUUACAGCAAGACGAGUCAACUCGCUCAUAGGUCUGUUUUGGAUCUACGCCAUCGGUUUUGUGGGUCUCGGCUUUUCCGGAGCCAUUCCAAAGGAUGUUUACGAGUUGUUGUAUUGUCAUCUUCACGUAUCGCUGCCGCUAAUUGUUCUCCCGUUGUUGUACUGGAAAACAUUUCGCGCGCUAGAAGCACACUCGCGAAGGAUGACAAACGUGGGUCCUGGAAACCAAAGAAUGAACUCUAAAACAGUCUGCGCAGAAAUAAAGACUACGAAGGCAUUUGUCAUCGUUCUCUGCUUGUUUUAUGUGAGUUUUCUCCCUUAUGUUGUGGUAGUCAACUUGAGCAAUUUUUGUCCAGUUUGCGUCGUUUCGAAAGGUUUUCAAGUUUUUCUUCACAUUGCCUAUAGAUUUCUAAUCCUAAAUUGUUCCCUGGACCCGUUUGUCUACGCUUGGAGGAUUCCAAAAUACAGAAGAGCUGUUCGUACAGUCUUUAAUAGGUGCUGCAGAUUCAGGAGAAGGAAUGCCAUCGAUCCAGAUGUCACGAGCAUUAGCAUGUGUGGAAACCCUGGGCUAGAGACAACGCAUGCGGCGGAAACUCAAACUUAACUUGAGUCAAACAACGCAGUUGAGACACGUUUUCCUUGCAUAAUAUCUUGCUAUCCCCUAAAUACAGCGAGAGCUACCUUUGUGAGAAACUUUAGGGUGAAUCUAGCAUUGCAUCGAUAUUUUAUCAACAGGAGAAGUCUUUCUCGUUUUUUUAGUUCAAGAAUGAUGCAUUGCUGAGUUAAUUUUAAACACAAUUUUUAUGCCUUCAAACUGAAGGUUACAAAAGCGCGGGUGAGAUACCCUUUUCGGUAGAUCGAUAAGGCAUGAAGCGACUCACAUCAAAGGCUAUAUAUGGGUCAUGUAUAUCAAACAGAUAAAACUCGCUGUCGCUAAUUUUCAGCAUGGAACUCAAAAGAGGCGUAGCUUUUUCAUUGUGGCAAUUGGUCACACAGACCUCUUAUCCAUAAAACAGAUCGCGAAAUAAUUUAGCGGCUCAAAUGGAGCUUCCCCGUGAAUUGACCAUUGACGGACACUCAGGCUAUUACGCGGUUUCUGAUUGGAUCUAUCAAUUUUCCAUGUACCAAACUACGUAAUUGGCCCUUUGUAUAUGACGUCAUCUAAACUAAAAGCUUCGCAACUGCUCAUCUUUACAAAGUGCCACCUGCUUGUUAUUUUUUACAAGUUUGUUUAAAUUCAUAUCUGAGCAUAAUAUUUGAUUUCAUACAGGCAAUAAUGUUCUUUGUUUUGGUGAUUAGAGAUGUCUGCCUGCCCGUCUCUAGCUUGUUUUUCAAACAGUGUCAAAAAGAACGCAAAACCAAUAUGAAAUUAUGACAAUUAAAAAUGUUCGAAGCACUCUGGAGUAUAAAAACUAAACAAGUUUUUGGCACAACUUGCGAUACCUUAGUUAAUAAUGACCUUUGUGAUGCCUUGGUGUGCCAAACCAUUUUGGACUGGCAUGAUGUAUAACACUGAGGUAUUCUUUCAUAAACUGUACUCUCAUUAUCUGAAAGAUCAGUUGCCGCAUGUUUUUUUUGUUGUUGAUGUCUCCACUUCCUUCCGUAAAAUGGUUUGAGAGGCGUUUUAUUGUUUUAAAUUUGAUACUGACUGUCUGUUAAAACUCAAACAAAUAUCAAGAAAACCAAAGAAAACGUUUAGAGCAUAUAACGAAUAAUGUUAUUAUUAUUAUUUUGGAAUCAAUUUCAAGGGUUGAGAAAAACUGAAACCCUGCAACGCAAUUGCAGUCUCACGCGGUCGAUCUUUUCAACGACGUUUGCACAAGCCUAAGCAUAAGUUUGCGUGAUUUAAAAUUCAGAUUAGGUUCACUGUACUUAGGAUCUCGUGAAUAUGUCAGAGUUUGUUUGAAGUCUCUAUAGUACGUAGGUUCUAGGGGCCACCAAAGACGACGGUCUUUGGUAUAAAAUGACUUCGGAAUAUUAGUGCACCUUGAAGAUAUAGGAUGCUAACACAUCAUAGUAUAGUCAAACAUCACUUACAGUCGGUCAGAGCGUACUAUCUAUAUAGGCCACAGUGGUGGAUCCAGGCCUUUGGCUUGGGGAGGGGGGAAGGGGGUGUUUUGCUUGCCCUGCCGGCUUUUUUCCCUUCUGUGAUAUUUUUUUUAGGGGGGCCCUCCCCUAGAUCCGCCACUGGGCCAAUAUUUACUGAGGCCAAGUAAGUCGUGACGUCAUCAAAUUAAAAUAUCCAACUAAUUGCUUGUCAGCUGUUGAAAUGUCAGUGCGAAUAAUUUGGGAAACAAACUUUAAGACAUCUGUAGUCUAGCUCAAUUCGAGAAUUCGAAAAUGACCUGAAAGACAGUUUAUGAUCUAGACUGAUAGCCUCUUUUCUGCAUGUUAAUUUGUUCA